GGUUAUAUCUGGUUUUAGAGGUUAGAGUUUUGCUUACGUGGCAACGCCCCAUUUGCUGCACAAGAUACACUUUACACGUGGCAGCAAGGCACUGGAGCACUCUCUAUCCAGUCCUCCUGGCUCCGAUUGCGCCACCUGUAACGCCAUCCCAUUUUAUCGACUCCAUAGCAGUAGCUAGUAAAGCUAGGGAAGAACAAGAAGAAGUAAGCCAGGGAGGAAGAGGAAGUAACUGGUUUUGCUUGCUUGCUAUCAAUCAGAUGGCGUCGUCGGUUGCAGCAUCAAAGCUCGCAGUUCCCACAUUCGUGGGGCUCAAGGCCGGGGAAGUGGUGAAGCCGAGCAUCGCACGCAAUGCAAGGCCAGUGCAGCACCAAGCUCCGCUCGUCUGCGUCUCGUCCAUGGAGGGCGUGGCCAAGAGAGCCGGCAAAGUGAUGGUGGGAGUGUCAGCGGGGCUUCUCCUGGGGGCAUCCUCGGCUCUGGCAGCGUCCGUCACCGUCAAGAUGGGAGGCGACGAUGGCUCCCUCGCCUUCAUCCCCAAGAACAUCAGCAUUGGCGCCGGCGACACCGUCAUCUUCGAAAACAACGCUGGCUUCCCGCACAACAUUAUCUUCGACGAGGACGCGGUUCCCUCGGGUGUCAAUGCCGACGCCUUGUCCCACCCCGACCUGUUGAAUGCACCGGGUGAGAGCUACAAAGUGACUUUGCAGACCAAAGGCACCUACGGCUUCUACUGCGAACCCCAUCAGGGCGUUGGCAUGAGCGGAGAUAUCAGCGUCAACUAGAAGUCCCCGCAGUGUUUCUCAUCCGAGCUCACAGAUAUGUCCACCUUUUGUAUCCUUGAAAGAUAUUGCGCCUGCGUGCAUAUUUAUAGCUUAGCUAUGAAUCGAUCAAUGAAAGCUGAGAACCAAGCGAUUGCUAGGCAUACCUUUGUGCCACCUGAAAUUGUAACUCAAUCAUGAAGCUUU